AUGAAAUAUUCAGCAGAGAAAACAAAGGUUAAAUCAAUACUACCAAAGCCAUCACCCAUAUCAUCACUGUCUAGCCCUCCACCUCCAUUAAUACCACCAAAGCCAACAAAGAGAAGAGCAACUGAUUCUUCCAUUGAUGUGAAAUCUCGAAAGAAAUCAAAUUCAUCAACCCCCAAUUCAAGAAAUCAAUCACCAGCUAUUGCUAUCCCCACAUUAAUCAAUAAUCAAUCAACAGCACCUCCCAUUUUAAAAUCUGAAUCUGAAUCUUCAGGUAUGAUGGAUAUAUCUAUGGGCAACACUACUCCUACUAAAACAUCAUCAUCAUCAUCCAAACUGUCGAAACAAACUGGUCACAGACCAGUGACAUCAUGUACAUUCUGUCGUCAACAUAAAAUAAGAUGUAAUGCCUCCGAGAAAUAUCCAAUGCCUUGUCAACGUUGUGAUAAAAUGGGUUUGAAAUGUGAAAUUGAUCCUCAAUUUAGACCUAAAAAAGGUUCACAAAUUCAAUCAUUAAAACUGGAUGUUGAUGAAUUAAAAGCAAAAAUUGAAAUGUUAACUAAAAAUGAAUCAUUAUUAACUCAAGCUUUAAAUCAACAUAAUUUGAAUUUCUUACACCAUCAACAACAAGAUCCUACUUCUAGAACAAAUUCAAUUCAUUCAUAUGCUGGUAGUCCAAUGACUAAUGAUGGUGGUGUGUCUCCUGUAAAUAAUUUCUAUGUGGCUCCUGUACCUUCAAUCACCAGUAUUAAUGUUCCAACUCAUUUAGCACCAACUGAAAAUUCCGAUAAUUCACCUUCAACAACCAUGAAUACUCCAAUGGAUCAUCAACAAAAAUUACCAGAAAUUGAAUAUAAACCAAUUCUGGAAUUCAUUUUAGGCGAUGUUACAUUACCACUUUCAAAAGCAAAUGAAUUACAUGAUAAAUUUAUGAGAAAAUAUUUACCAUUAUUACCAAUUAUUGUAUCUAGAUCAGCUACUGAAUUAUAUCAUAAAUCUCAAUUACUCUUUUGGGCCGUGAUAUUAACUGCAAGUUUAGGAGAACCAGAACCAACUCUUUAUAUGUCCCUUGCAUCAUUAAUUAAACAAUUAGCAAUUGAAACCUGUUGGAUCAGAACCCCGAGAUCAACUCAUGUCAUUCAAGCACUAAUAAUCCUUUCGAUUUGGCCAUUACCCAAUGUCAAAGUCUUGGAUGAUUGUUCAUAUCGAUUCGUCGGAUUAGCCAAGAACUUAUCCUUACAAUUAGGACUUCAUCGUGGUGGAGAAUUCAUUCAAGAAUUUAGUAGGAAUCAAGUGAGUUUAGGUCCAGAUGCAGAAAGAUGGAGAACUAGAUCUUGGUUAGCCGUAUUCUUUUGUGAACAAUUUUGGUCUUCAUUAUUAGGAUUACCUCCUUCGAUUAAUAGUACUGAUUAUUUAUUGGAAAAUGCAAGAGUUGAUAAAUCAUUACCUAAAGAUUUUAGAUGUUUGAUUUCCCUUUCGAUAUUCCAAUGUAAAUUGGUGAAUGUUAUGGGUAUUAGUGUGACUAGACCCGAUGGUUUGUUGGAACCCCUGAAUAGAGCUGGAUCUUUGAGUUUAUUAGAUCGUGAAUUGGAAAGAUUGAGGUUUAAAUUACAAUUUGCCGAGGGGUCAGCUAUUGAAGUAUAUUAUUUAUAUAUCAAGCUUAUGAUUUGUUGUUUUGCAUUUUUACCAGGUACUCCUAUUGAAGAUCAAGUUAAAUAUGUAAGUUCUGCAUAUUUAGCAGCCACCAGAAUUAUUACUAUUGUUUCACAAUUGGUUAGUAAUGAUUUUGCAUUGAUUGAAUUACCAAUAUAUGUUAGACAAGCUAUGACUUAUAGUGUAUUUUUAUUGUUCAAAUUACAUUUACUGAGAUAUUUGAUUGAUAAAUAUGUUGAUUCUGCCAGACAACUGAUUGUUACUGUACAUAGAUUAUUAAGAAAUACUUUAAGUUCUUGGAAAGAUUUAGAAAAUGAUAUAUCAAGAACUGCUAAAGUAUUAGAAAAUUUGAAUAUUGUGUUAUAUACUUAUCCAGAUAUAUUUUUGAAUGAUACUGAAAAUGAUGAUGCUAGUAUUAUAACAAGGAUGAGAUCUCAUUUAACUGCUUCAUUAUUUUAUGAUUUAGUUUGGUGUGUUCAUGAAGCUAGAAGAAGAACAUUAUUAGAUAAAAAUAAUCCAUCAAAACUGAAACCAGAACCAACAGAAAGGAAAUUAUUACCAUUACCAUUCUAUAAUCAAAUCACCAAAGACGAUUUUAAAACAAUAACAAAGACAUCACCAAACGGUACAACCAUAACCACAUUAGUCCCCACCGAUCAAGCCAUGAAUCAAGCCAGGCUGACAGCAGCAGAAUUGAAUAAGCCAUUAGAAAUUAAUGGUAUUCCAUUAACAAUGCUAGAAGCAACUGGUUCAAUGAGAGAUGCAGCAUUUGUUCAACCAGAAUUUGCCGAACACAGCCCAGCUCCACAACAAUUACCCCAACAACAUCCUCAACAACAACAUCCACUCCCAGCAAUGCAACCCCAACAACAACAACAACAACUCCCAUUACCAUCACAACAACACCACCAAGUCCCAAUGAAUCAAGCAAUGACGCCACGCAUGAAUCAAGGAUAUUUACCCACUAUUGACGAAUUCCAACAACCUAUGUUUAUGAGUCCCGGUACCCAACAACAACAACAACAACAGGCGCAGGCACAUGAUCCAUUUGGGGGUGCUGCUACUCCUGCGAAUGGAGCUGGUGGGUUUGUAUCGCAGAUUGAUACGUUUUUCCAACAGCAGAGUCAUGGGUGGAUGAAUAAUGAUAAUUAUCAGGAUGAGGAUUUUUUGGGAUGGUUUGAUGUGAAUAUGUUGCCUGAACAAUAG